GCCCAGGAAGCCGAGCUACAUGCCACGGGUAGGGUGGAUCGGAGGUGACGGAGUGGGGGGGUCGCCGCAGGUUGUCCACAUCUGGCUGCCAGUCUUUUUUCCUGCACAACUCUAACCACAGAGUCAUUUUCCGCAGCAACCCGGGCCGGAGAUUCAGGGACAGGGGCGCGCAGACCAGCUCUCCUCCCGACAGCGGGCGGCGGGCCAGCUGGCUGACGAAAACCCGGGUGCCCACCGCAGAAGCGCCUCUGCGCCCCUGCGGACGCGCCCUCGCACUCGACCGACCGCGCAGCCUGGUGCGGGGCCGCGCGCGCCCUCUAGCGCCGGGUCCGUGCAGAGGCGGCGGCGGCGGGUCGGGGCGGAGGCGGCUGCUGGAGGCGGAGUCGCAGGGCCGGGCGCACGGGGGUCGCGGCGCGGAGUGGGAGUGCGAGAGCCGGCGCGAGCGCGGCUGCAUCCUGCGGCAUGGCGAGCACCGCCUCGGAGAUCAUCGCCUUCAUGGUCUCCAUCUCCGGCUGGGUCCUGGUGUCCUCCACGCUGCCCACCGACUACUGGAAGGUGUCCACCAUCGACGGCACGGUUAUCACCACCGCCACCUAUUGGGCCAACCUGUGGAAGACUUGCGUUACCGACUCCACGGGCGUCUCCAACUGCAAGGACUUCCCCUCCAUGCUGGCGCUGGACGGUUAUAUCCAGGCGUGUAGAGGACUUAUGAUUGCUGCUGUUAGCCUGGGCUUCUUUGGUUCCAUAUUUGCACUGUUUGGAAUGAAGUGUACCAAAGUUGGAGGCUCAGAUAAAGCCAAAGCUAAAAUAGCUUGUUUGGCUGGAAUUGUAUUCAUACUGUCAGGGCUGUGCUCCAUGACUGGCUGUUCCCUGUAUGCAAAUAAAAUCACAACAGAAUUCUUCGAUCCUCACUAUGUGGAACAAAAGUAUGAAUUAGGAGCUGCUCUGUUUAUUGGAUGGGCAGGAGCCUCCCUCUGCAUAAUUGGUGGUGUCAUAUUUUGCUUUUCAAUAUCUGACAACAGCAAAACACCCAGAAUGGGAUAUACAUACAACGGGGCCACAUCUGUCAUGUCUUCUCGGACAAAGUACCAUGGAGGAGGAGAUUUUAAGACCACAAACCCUUCAAAACAGUUUGAUAAAAAUGCUUACGUCUGAAAGAUCUCUUGCUGGCAAGUUGUACCUUGAGUUUGUUAUAAAGUGGACUGUUCACAAAAUGAUCCUGUCAAGGCCUCCUAUAAUUAACUCUCAAACUAUUUUUAAAAUACGAAUUUGAAGAACUUGUUGAUUGUGUGGAUGUAAAUGUUCUUGCAUAGUUAUAUAAUAAUCAUUUCCUGUUGUGGCUUUCUAUAAAAAAAAAUAAACAGGUUAUUUACA